AUGGAAAAUGAUAUAAUAGAUUCACUGAAUGAUCUAGGUUACGAAGGACCUUUAGCAGAUGAAGUUGCAUUUGCAAAAGCCAUUGAUGGAGGCCCAAAAUCUCUAGAAUAUACAAAGUUAGUACAUAUUUUAGCUGAAGAAAUAAAAAAGCUAUGUAAUUUAGAAGAAACUGUCAAUGUAAUGAAUGACCCGGAUGAAUCUAGCACAUUUCUACUAGAAUUGAGCUCUUUCUUAAAAGAACUGGGGUGCCCAUAUAAGAAAUUAGUGACAGGACACAUGUCAUCUAGACUGGAAUCAAGAGAAGACAAAAUACUACUGUUGGAUUAUUUAGUGUCAGAGUUGAUGUCCGCAAGAAUGGUCAGUGUUGAUUGUCCAAAAGAAAAACAAGGGACUGGGAUGAAUAUUGUUGUACAAGAAUCACCAACAGCAAAGGACUUGAAAGACAUAUUGAUUAGUUUGAAGUUUAACAAACCUCCACCGAACAUCACUCCAGAAGUACUAUUCUUAAAGCUAGAAGCAAAAUUAAAGGAAACAUUACAGAAAGAAGGUGCGGUAUUAGUUGGCAAGUCACUAUACAAUAAAGCACUAAAUGAAAAAGACUGGAAAUCCCUAGAAAAUACAUUUACAGAGCUAUUUGAAGAAUAUCGACUUAGGAGGGAGACUUUAAUUACCCGAUUAGAAUGCACUAUACAGAGUUUUGAGUGGUCAGACCGUUUGAAAUCGAAAAGAGACGUAAUCCAGUCAACAUAUAGACCAAAAAGGGAACAGAUGAAACUCAAACCGAAUGUGAAGCUAUCGGAUUUCCUCGCUUCGCGAUCAUCUUUGCUGCAAAUUGAAAAAACUUCAAGUGCCUCUGUUAGAAAGAACACGCAGAGUGAUGUUAACAAAGUGCUUAUUGGGAGGGUUCCAGAUAGAGGAGGUCGCCCUAAUGAACAACAGCCUCCACCGCCAGAGAUGCCAUCUUGGCAACAGAGAUCUGCCCCACAGGGUGGUCGCGGUGGCGGUCGUGGGGGAGAUGGAAGGGGAAGGGGUGGAGAGAGAGGAGGAAGGGGAGGAGAGAGAGGAGGAAGGGGUGGAGAGAGAGGAGGAAGGGGUGGAGAUAGUGGAGGACGUGGUGGGGGCAGAGUCCAGGGCGGAUACAACCAAGGAAAUGGAGACCAGCGGCCUCAAACUGGCCCUGGUUUUAACCAAAACCGCAAUUACCAAACCUACGAAGUGCCACCUGGCGGUUACAGCCAGAAUAACCAGAAUAUUUACAACCAAGGCUACGAUAGUAUGGGUGGCUAUAACCAAAGAGGUGGCUACCAACCCCAACAAAACCCAGGCCAUCAGCAGGGCUACCAACGCUACGAGCAUGAUGAGAGAAGAGGUCGCGGUGGGUACAGAGGUCGCCGUUGA